GGAGAGCGUCCCCUUGGCCACCACCACGGGGGCGAUGAGCUGGGCCGGCGUGCUGAGGACCACCGGGCCUGCAAGGCAAAGGGCAGCGGCGUCAGAAGGAAGACCUGGCUCGGAUGGCCGAGAGAGAGCCUGCCUACGGUUCCAGCCGCCAUCGUCCCCGGACAACGGCGGUCCCUCCGGGCCCGAAGGCAGCGCCGGACGAAGGCAAGGCCUGGCACGGCGGAGGCCAGGCCUUGGGCCGCCAGUUGGCACCUCGCCUCGCUCCCCGGCAUGGCGGGCGCGCUUGGCUACCAGCCCUCGCCAGCACCUUAGCCCAAAUUAGUCCC